AUGGAUUCCGGUACCUUUGGGGGCAAGCCUCAAAUCCCACCGCUGAUGGAAACGACGUCGUUUGGCACGCUUCAGUAUGUGGAUGGUCCUGGAGCCGGUCAGCCCGUCAAGCUGGAGAUCAACGGUACCAUUGACAAAGGGUUUUUCCUGGCCGACAAAGAGUGGACAUGCUACCGGCGCAACUACUUCUCUUGCAUAUGUUCAUUUGCCGUUUCGCCACAUUACCCGGCGUCGGGCUUGGCAUUUUUGCAGACCGACGGCACAAGAAACAUAAUUCACGGGUUUUCCAUGAGCAUCUCAGCCGUCGUGUCCGACAAUGACAACCAUGUCAUUGAGUUGGUCCAGCACACCCCAAAGAGAGACAAGGGGCCCACCGCGCGUCCUGAGAAGGUGCAUCUCCUCCCGAAGCCGCCCCAGCCAGCACAUCACAACAUGGGUAUGUACAGCGCAGACGGUGGUAUGUCCGUGGGCGGCCGGUACGAUCAUAGCUAUGGCCCGCCACAAGCCGGACACCCGACAGAACACACGUUUGAGCGGAUCCAGUUCAAGCAAGCAACAGCCAACAAUGGGAAGCGCCGUGCCGCGCAGCAGUACUACCACCUCCUUGUCGAGCUUUGGGCGGAGGUAGGCGCACCAGGAAGUAGUGAGUGGCGUACCGUCAAGAUUGCACACCGCAAGUCAGCCAAAAUGAUUGUACGAGGUCGGUCACCAGGCCACUAUCAGGCCGAACGGCGCGGCAGUACCAGUAGCGGCCCUGGCGGUUCUGCUGGUAGUCUCGGCUACGGUGGCUCGCAGGUGAUGGGAUCCGACUUUGGCUCGGCCGGGUCGACUCUUCUUCCCGCAGCCUACGGCAGCUCGUACGACCCGCGGUCUGGUCACUACGGUGGUGCAUCACGCCACCAUCAGCAGCAGUCACAGCACGACGUCGAAAUUGACCAUCCAGUCAUGACGGCCGACGAGGUGAAAAGCAUCGUGGAGCCGAAGGAAUACCAGUACUUCCCGACGCCCAUCUGCGAUAGUACGCACGACGCGCGGCACCCGGUGGAUCUGUUCUCUCACUCACACCAGCGAGGCGACCACGAGACAGCGCUCCCUCACUUGAGCACGAGUGCGAUGGAUGCAACAAGGGCAAAGAACGACGGUUCUCACCAUGGACAUAAUACGUUCUACCCGGGCGAGAACUUUUACCCAAAUCGCUGCGGCCGUUACGAAGGCAAAUCGAGCUCCAACGGCUAUUACCCAUCUCUAGCUGCACCAACAUCCAGCGUUACCAUGUCAUGA